AUGUUGGGUCCCAGAGCUGCCGCGAGCCGGCGCGCCGCCGUCUCGGCUGUCAGCCCGGGCCUGCGCCUGCGGCCGCGGAGCCACCUCUCCCGCUUGUUUCCACUAAGCGGACCCCGCAUCACGCCUCGGGCGGGGGCUCUCCAACGCAGGGUUCUGUUCUUUGCGUUCUUUGUCCCCUUUGUGCGCCCUCCUGCUCUCAACCAGAAGCAGCAUCCGACCACUUCGAGAAAGUCGGAAAAAUUCUCGGAUCCAAGACUCCCUCCUCCAUAUCAGCGUCUAGGUGGCAGCGACCCGGAACCAGGCUUAGGAAAGUCUCUCCAACAGGAUAARACAGAUCAAAGAGGAAGCCCUCUCCAACAUCCCUUAAGCCCCGGGUAUUCUUUUAGCAACCAUUCCCUGGACAUCACCAGCUGGAUUCUGGGCUGGGUUCUGGAUGUGCGGAAGGCAAUCUACAGAAAAAGAGAGGAGCUGCAAAUAAUAGAGAAAGCUCGGAGACAUCAACUGGAAGAUCUUCACUGGCACAUCACCUCAUUGAAUCACUUAUUGGACAGCUUGGAACCACCUGGAGAACCAGGACCUUCCACCAAUAUUCCUGAAAAUGAUACUGUGGAUGGUAGGGAAGAAAAGCCUGCUGCUUCUGAUUCUUUUGGAAAACAGUCUACUCAGGUUAUGGCAGCAAGUAUGUCAGCUUUUGAUCCUUUGAAAAACCAAGAUGAAAUCAAUAAAAAUGUAAUGUCAGCGUUUGAUUUAACAGAUGAUCAGGUUUCAGGGUCACCCAGUGUUCCUUCAGACGACCUUUCAGGAAGGUCUGACAGCAUUGCUUCCUCCUCUUCAGCAGCUCACCCACCAGGAGUUCAGUUACAACAGCCUCUAUAUACAGGAGCCCAAACACAAGCAGGUCAGAUUGAAGGUCAGAUGUACCAACAGUACCAGCAGCAAGCCAGCUAUGGUGCCCAACAGCCUCAAGCUCCACCUCAGCCACCUCAGAAGUAUGGUAUUCAGUAUUCAGCUAGCUAUAGUCAGCAGACUAGACCACAACCUCAGCAGUUUCAGGGAUAUAGCUAGCAACCAACUUCCCAGGCACCAGCUCCUACAUUUUCUGGUCAGCCUCAGCAACUGGCUGCUCAGCCACCACAGCAGUACCAGGUGAGCCGUUAUCCUACCCAAAUGUCUCAGUCUACUAAUUAUACCGUGGCCCCUGCCUCUCAGCCUGGAAUGGUUCCAAACCAACCCAGGGCUUAUCAACCAAGACCAAGUUUUACUACACCUUCUGGAAGUACCAUGKCCCCUCCUCCAAGUGGGCCUGACCCUUAUGCACGUAACUUUGGUCAGGGCUAUACCCAACCUGGACCUGGGUAUCGAUAA